UAUUUCAGCAUUCAAAAUAUCUUACAUAAAGCGUACGUUACGUGAUAUUAAGUGUAGUAAAAAAAAAUCAUAACAAAGUAGUGUCACUAUCAAAAAUAUAUCUUCGGUCACAACUUUUUAUUAAACAAAUAAGGAGUACCUUUAAUUAAAUCAAUAUUUUACAAUAAUACUUACAAUCUACAAGGUUAGAAUAUUCGACAAUAAUUAUUUUGAGUACAUCAAGAAUUUUCUAGUCUUUAGAAAGAAAGAAAGAAACUUUGCACAACAACUUUGCGAAAGUAUGGGUGAGGGUUUUCUAAGUGUUAUAAUCUAAUUAAUGUAUUUUAUUUGAAAAAUUACUAAGCAGCUCACGUUUUACGGAUGCAAAUAAUAAUAAGAAAUAUAUAAUAAAAAAAAUUAUUGGAGUCUCUCCGCACGGAAGAUUUGAAACUUCGUAAUGUGGAAAUGAAAAUAGGAAGGGAGAAAACAUUACUCUGACACAACAUGCAGUUUAAUGAGAGUACAGGUGUUCGUGUGUAUACUUUUAGAGAUGAUAAUGAUGGCGGCGCGAACACUUCGCCAAGGUGGUGGCAUAAGUUGUGCUUACGCUGUCACUCCCCUGAUACUACUCCAGCCAAACAACCGAAAUGGUGGAACAAAGUUUUUCCAUUUCCUUUCUUUCCAACUUUUAGACAAUCAGCUCAACAGAUAUGUAUUAUAUUAUUUUUAUUUCUAACAUGGGGAAUUCUCUAUGCCGAAAUUGGUGAAGAUAUAGGAAUAAAUGGCGAGUUACUUAGUAUGUCGCUUCUAGUUAUAGCCGCGUACAUAAUAGGUUGGAUGUGGUUGAAAGUGACUACCCUCCCAGCACUUAUUGGUAUGCUUCUCACAGGAAUACUAUUCCAAAACUUAAAAUUGAUAGAAAUGACUGAGAAAUAUCGCCAAUUGAACCAAGAUCUAAGAAAAGUAGCCCUAGUCAUAAUACUCACAAGAGCUGGGCUAGGGUUGAACGCUGAUGUACUUAAAAAACACUAUCUAGGUGUGCUGCAAAUUGGAUUGCUGCCGUGGCUAGUAGAAUGCAUAGCAAUUAGUGUUACGACGCACUUUUUACUUAACCUACCGUGGAUAUGGGCAUUUCUAUUGGGUUCAAUGAUCGCGUCUGUUUCGCCAGCGGUCGUAGUGCCAUGUCUGUUUAGACUACGCGAAGUUGGUUAUGGCGUUUCCAAAGGAAUACCAACACUUCUUUUGGCGGCAGCGGCCAUAGACGAUUCUGUCAGUGUGGCAAUCUUCGCUAUCAUCCUUAACGCUAUGUUCUCAACCGGUUCAGUCACAUAUAGUAUAAUAAAGGGGCCAUUGUCUAUUAUUAUUGGUGUUGUUCUUGGAUCGUUGUGGGGGUCACUAUCAUCAUUCAUCCCUGAAAGAGGAGACGUGUACGUUGUCCCGUUGAGAUUUCUGUCGCUAUUUUUGGGAGGCUUAUUUGCACUUUUCAUAUCGAAUCUUAUUGGAUGGAGCGGCGCAGGUCCUUUGGCCAUAGUAUCCUCAGGAUUUGUGGCCGCCUAUUUCUGGGAGAAGCAAGGCUGGCCAAUCAAUAAUAAUCCAGUUAGCAAUAUUUUCAGGAUACUAUGGAUAUUCUUUGAACCUAUACUUUUCGCUUUCACUGGAGCUCAAGUGACGAUCAGUUCGUUGGAUCCCCAAGUCAUAGCAAUGGCUACCGUUUGUCUCAUAUCAUGUUUAAUGAUAAGAUUGGUCGCUACAUUUUUUAUGACGUUUGGUUGCGGUCUCAACGGCAAGGAAAAACUUUUUAUAGGCCUCACUUGGAUGGCGAAGGCAACAGUUCAGGCAGCACUAGGUCCUGCUGCAUUAGAUUUGGUUCACAAUGGUAAAACAGCUGGACAGCCCCAAGCUGAAGAAGAGACACACGCAAAGAUAAUAUUAGCUGUUAGCGUUCUAAGCGUCGUCAUUUCCGCUCCCUUAGGAGCUAUACUAAUCGCCGUUACAGGACCCCGACUCUUAAGUCGUGAUCCUCCAGUGCAUGAAGAAGUAGAAGAUACUAAUAAAGAUAAUACAAAGUUAUAACGUACAUUAUUAUUUAUUUUGUAAUUAUUUCGGUUAAUAAUUUUUAAUACAACUUUUUGCAUCUUAUUCUACUUAUAAUAUGUAAUUAACUUACUGCGUAUGUACUUAUGGUGUAUAAGAAAAUUAAUUUAUUAAAAAUAAAUAUAAUUUGUACUUGUCUAUAA